AUGUCGCUACUGAAUGUUGAGGGGAUGAGCAGUGGCAAAAUGAAAGUGGUGGGCCGCCUCUCCCGAGCGGCGGAGGCCAAACGACGGAUGGCAGAUGGCCAGGACAUUCUGACCUCCAUGACACAGAUGGUGGCCUGCACCCAGGACAUCCAGCAGAGAUACCGCAGCAUCCUGGGGCCACUGUCCCUCUUCUUCCAGUCCAACCCUGAGGGAGAGAAGAGGGCAGACAGGGUCCAGGAGGAGAGAACAGUGUCCCCGUCGGUGUCAGAGGGGGUGAAGACCAACCCCACCUCCCUGGCCGACAUGCGUCAGCAGCUGCAGUACCGGAUCCAGGAGCAUUCCGUGCUCCACUCCACCCCUGUGGAGGAUCAGCAAGCUCUGGCGGCGGUAAUGACGUCAGAGCUGGGCCUGAUCUGGCAGGACCUGAAGGGGCUGAUGGACGAGCCCACGCUGAACCAGGAGGAGAACAGGCAGCUACAGGCGGAGACGUGCCAGGAGGUGCUCCGCAUCUGCCAGGAGCUCUACCUCAACUAUCUCCACCUGCUGGACAGGCUGAGGCGCCGCGCCGUCUUCAGCGACCAGGCCAACCGCAGCCGCCUGGGGGCCCAGAUGGCCAUAGACUGCACCAGCCUUUUAAACGUCCACUCGAUCAGACGCAGCGUAGCGGCAGGGAUCAAGGCUACGCGGAGAGCCCGGCUGAGCUCUGAGAGACCCAGAGCUGCCGGACGCGACCUGAAGGGGGCGAUGGAGACACACACAGCGCUGCCAUGCAAACUGGACUUUGGUCUGACUCUGCAGACCAAGGCUGGCUGCAAGAAGAGCGGUGCUAUCAGGCAGGGCAAAAACCCUAUCGAGAGGGACCUCCGAGAGAUGACUGAGAAGAUGGGAGACAUGGACCUGGAGCAGGUCUAUGACCUGAUGCCCUGCCACCUGGAACUGAUCACUAACAAAGAUGCAGCGCGGGCCAGCUUGGCCAAUGUUUCACAGUCAGAUGAGGAACCCAGCAUGUAUUACCAUGGCUACACCAGACUAAAGGGGUGUAGUUCCAUGCCAGACCUGCAGAGGGAGACUCUUCUGGAGGAGCUGGAGAUGGAGGCCCUGCCUGCCAGACCCCAGUCGCCUCUGGUGCUGUUGGCCACUGGGCCCUGCUCCAACAUCGAGAAGUCCAUUGACCCUGCCCACGACCUCAGGAGGUUGCUACAGGACAGAGUGAUUGUGGAUCAGGCUGUGACAGACUCUGACACAGACCUCCCUCCUCUGAUCAAGGCCCUGGCGUGGAGAGGUUCCACCAAACUACAACAGCUCACACACACUCUGCAGAAACAGGAAGAGGAGGGGGAGAAGAGGGAGGGUGCCAGUGGAGGAAGGUACAGGGUGCCAGUGGAGGAACCAGAGCACCCCCAGGGAGCUGUGGUGAACGUGGCCCUGUCCCACGUCUCUCUAGCCCGCACAGCCGCCGCCCGCGUCUCAGACAGGGUUCCCCGCGACACCAUUAACAUCCACACGUACCCACCCGUCUACAACUACCUCACCAAAGAGCUUGAGCUCUCUUCAGUGCAGUGGCUGGAUCGUAACCUGUUUGCCGGGGAAGAAAUAAAGGAAGUCUAUAAGGAGUUAUCCAAAAGCAAAUCUACACAGUAUCUCAACUUCGAUGAGGACCCCAUGAUAGAGCCAGCCCUGACCAACAUCAGAUGGAGUAUGAAGAAGAAGAACCACCAGAGGUUCAUCAACCCACAGCUGAAGAGACAGAACACCAACGCCAUGUCCCACAGGAAAAGGACUGAGAUCCCAGCGGACCAUAAGAAACCGGAAGACCAGAAUUCCCGGGCCUUCACAGCCUGGCUGCAGUGGUGGAAGACUGACCUCUCAGUCGAGGACUACCUCCGAUACAUCACCAAUCAGGACAAUGACUACCUGUGGGCGGCGUUCCACCUGUACGAUAGUGGCGAUAGUGACGAUGAGGAGGACGAGAGAAGAAGACUGCUCCAGCUACGAGGAGACGAGAGGAAGAAGAGGCGGAGGCAGAAGAUGGAGGCUCUAAAGGGUCAGAAGCAGGAGUACGUGACAGGGGUGUGGAACGUCAACACGGUGCUGCUGGGAGGGCUGUGGAAGGAACCCGAUCUGGAGGAGGAGGAAGAGAGCCCAGAUGAAGAAAUAACCAGCUCUAAACAGAAGGCCUAUAAGAGGACAGUGAGUGAGGGGAGCAAGGAGGCCAGUCGAGGGGGGGUGAUGGGAGAGGGGGACCAGGUCCAGAGCAGGCUGGAGAGGAUCUGGACACUCCUCUGCCUGCCCGACACCUACAGACUGGACAUGGCCAUUAAGUACAGCUCCCACGCACGCAGGGACCAGCUGGAGGAGGCCACAGCAGCAUGGGAGCGCGCUGCCCGUCUCAUCCAGCAGAGGGAGUCUCUGCUGGCUCGUCUGGAGCUGUUUGAGAGGGACGCUUCUGACCCCAACCGCUUCUUCCUGCAAGGCUACCGAGGCACCUCUCUAGCCAGGAUGGAUGAGUCCAAGCACCGGAGAAAACUCAACUCCCAGAUCUGUUCUCUGGAGAAGGUUUUGUCUAAGAUUCUCCACCACAUUACAGACAGCUUCCAUGACACUGUCACCUACAAGGUGAGGAGGCCGUACAGGGAGAAGAUGCGCUGGGACCGCAUCGAGAUGCUCUACUGGCUGCAGCAGGAGCGCCGGGUCCAGGCUCUGGAGAGGGUGGUGGAGGGGAGGGGCUCUCUCCCCACCAGACUGCCCCCCCUCAACCCCAACCUUCAGCUGUACCCGGGCACCCACCCCACACCCCAAGGACACACCCCGACCCUCAGCCAGACCCCACCCUCACACACACAGCCCCUCCAACCCAACCCAGGCGAGCUCAGUGUAUCCAGUAUAAGUUUGAACGUUGUAAGCAAAUAA